AUGGGAAUCAGUUGCUGUGUUUAUAUUGAGAAGCCAUCUGGCGAGGAUAUUUGUCUGAAACAUAAGCAUGAUCGGUUUGUUAUAUACGGAUGCCGUAAUUGUAGGACACAUUUGUCAUCGAGUACACAGCUCAUGUCUAAAGAUUAUCGAGGUAAGACCGGGGAUGCGUAUCUUAUGAACGAGGUGCUUAAUGUGUAUGAGGGGGAAAAGCAGACGCGAUACAUGAUUACGGGGAAGUACAUAGUUUGCGACAUAUACUGUUCUACUUGCGGAGCGCUGGUGGGUUGGAAAUAUUUGAAGAGCGAGAAGAGCAACCAGCAGUACAAGGAGGGCAAGUAUAUUUUGGAACUACUUCCCAUAACUCAAUGUAGAUGA